AACAACAUAACAUCCGUCAUGCAAUAGAAGGAGACUGGUCUAUUGCACUGUAAGGGAAGCAAAGAUCGUAAAAAAAAGAAGAAGGGUUUUGUUUUUUUUAAGGAAAAAUGAUUCCCGCCAAAUAUCUGAGACCAAAGGAAGCAGAGUCACGGCAUAGGUUAUGCUGUGGCUGCUAUGGCAAAUUAGAUAAUAGUACUGUAAUACUACUGUGACCAAAAAGAUUAUGCUUCCCAAUGCAAAAGAACGAUAUUUGUGGACCUAUGGCCUAUCAACCGAGCUGAAUUUUAAACCAAAUCGUAUGAUAUAGUUCUUAUAAAUUAUUAUAACUGCUGAUUUUUUCUUUUAAUGAAAAAAAUGUAUGGAGAAAAGGCAUACAGUUUAGUGAAAGAACUAGCGCGUUGUGAAGACAACCUACCACCUUAUAAUACAGAUUUGGUGAAUGCUGUUUGUAAUGAAGUAAAACAGCUUGUAGAAGAAAAUGAGCAUGAUGCAAUGACAUCUGCUGACCAAUCAUCGGUGGGGGGAUCAGUAGUACCUACCAUCAAAAUUCGACAUGCAGCUGUAAAAAGGAAUGUGCGUUGCUUAAUGGCAUAUCACUAUAACAGACUAAAAUGUUUACGCACAAUGCGGUGGGAAUUCGGAAGUAUUUUACCCACCGAGAUCAAGGCAAAUCUAAGUGCAUCUGAAAUAGAUUGGUUCUCAAAGUAUUCUAGAUCUCUUGCAGCAUAUAUGAGGUCUAUUGGCGAAGAGGGAGUUAAUCUGUCUGUUGACUUGAAGCCACCAAAAGCCCUUUAUGUAGAAGUGCGAUGCUUGGUAGAUUAUGGAAGAUUUGAACUGAAUGAUGGAUCUGUGGUACUAUUGAAAAAAGAUAGUAGACACUAUCUGCCUCGGAGUGAAUGUGAAGAGUUGAUCAGACAAGGAGUUUUUGAACAUAUUAUAUAAAAGAACAAUAUUAACUCAUAGUUGUCAAGUGAAAAAAAAAUGUGAAUGAGGGAACUUAUAGCCUUCUUCAUCCUUCUUCAGUAUUUCAAUGUUUGUUUUAUAUACUUCAAUAACAAAAAUUUAAGCGUUUAUAAUGUCUCCAUUGCUUUUUUUUUGUUAUUAGUUAUUCAUCUAUAAAUAUUAAUUAUGAAAAUAAAAUAUUCAUUUCUACAUAAAGUAAACUUAAUUUUGAA